GGUGAUUUUCAACUUCCACGUGAAAUUAACCCGAGAAUAGUGCCAAUUCUACUCAGCACGCAUGACGUAAGACUAGCAGUCUUCUAUCAACUAGUGCCCUCGUUUAAUUGAUCAGGUGGGCUUGGGACAAGUAGAAGUACUCGAUGUUAUCACCUAAUUAACCUGCGACGUUUCGAUCUCUCGACUCAAUAUCGUCAAACCCGAAAUACACUGUACAUGAAUUUGUCGGAUUGACUGAGUAUCACGCCGAUCCUCGCUCCGUCGCAACCAGCCUACGUACCUUUAUAUAAAUACGCGGUCCUUCUUUCUACACGUACAACAUACCUAAUCGAUGAUACCCGGAUUUCCAGAACCGUGUUUUAAAAUCGGCUCCGCCUCGUUUACGAUACGCCUUCCAACAACCGCGUUCUCCAAUCGGGUGCGAUCGAAUUAACCUACGGGGCCUACUUUGAAGUCUCCCGCAUAAAUACAAACCUCGAGUUGAAAAAUACAGCGAAAAACUACGAUGGCCCCGUACGCGCACCAGACUCCAAGCACACAUGCGAACCCCGACGAACUUUUCCAUGCUCUCCUCCGACCUGCCAUUCUACAGAUCCUCCGUGCGCAAGGCUACUAUUCAUCCACACCACAAGUAGCUGACGCCGUCACCGAACUCGCAGCACGAUACAUGGUGACAGUUGCGGAACGUGCGGUACAUCAGGCUGGAAUUAAUGAUGAGACGGGUGCGCCAGCUAUACCGGACUUAGUCGACGUGCGCCUUGCCCUCGAUCAUUGUGGCGCAUUUAUGCCCGAGCGCGAUUUCGCAAGCCAGUUGAUAACCAGGGAAGAGGACACCAGAGGUGUGGACGAUUUCAUCCGCUGGGCUACUGGCAAGAAAAAUCAAAAGAUACGGAAAGUCGCGGCCCUAGAUAAACCAACCGUUGCUGAAGUCGGAGUCGAAGGAGUCGAAGAGCAACGUGAGACAGACUAUCUUAGUGCUCUAAAGCGCAAACAUAAUAAGACGGACCAAGACUCUAAAUGGGCGGGUACGAUCUUAGGCCAAGGCAUCACUACCAAUGCUGAAGUUAGCGCAGAGGAAGAUAGCAUUCUCGCUUGGAAUCGAAAGCGACACGAAGCCGCAGAACAUCCACCCCAGCCGGAAACAGUCGACGUCGAGUCGAGACCACCUAGCUCGGGUCUCAGCUCGUUAGCCGACGAGGAUAUGGCAAUGAUGGAUAUGGAUUUCUCGUGAUCUCAUGAAGAAAGAAAGACUACCUAGACUAGGAAGGAAAAGGGAACUACCGAAGCGAAGACGCUGGUUUGGGCCGCAGCCUACAUUUCGACUCUGGCAUAUUGGUUUCUCUGUUCCCACGAUAUACCCCACCAAUGCGAUGUGGUACAGAGACGGGUUUCGGAGCGUUUGUUGUGUUUCUUUUGCAUAGCCACGGCGUUUGAUCCAUGGAUAUGGAUUGUUUGAGAGGAUAAAUUUGGCAGGCGUUAUCACGAUGCCGAUGGAUGGAAGAGAAAAGGAUAUACUAGCUUUUCCCGGCAAUGUUUUGCACGUGUGAGCUUUUUUACAGCUUGUGCUUUACAGCGAAUCGGUUCCAGCAAACCACAUACAUGUGGAGUAGUACAGAAGAGUGCGAUAUACCGAUAUCGCUUCUAAUACAGAUGUGGAACAAGCACAUAAUUCUAGCCUACUAUGAAUGUGAAAAUACACGGAAUAGAUCUGCCUAUCUAAACCUCGAA